ACUCAAAGGAAGCAAAAAGAGAGAGUGACACAUGCCACUGCAUCUGAGAUUCCCCCACCAGCUCAAAGGAAAAAACUAAGAAGGAACCCUGUGAGGACACAGACUGAACCACCUCCCCAAUCAACAAAUGAUCAUGGAAGUCAAAUACACAGAGAAAGAAAUUUGGCAAAAAAAGGUUAUGGAGUUUUGGUGUCUGAGCAGACUGGAAAUAUUUACAUGAGG